AUGAAAGAUCAUGAUUUGUUUUCCCAUCCAGAGCAAAACUAUGCCAGCUUAUCAUUUUACAACAAGAAGCAGGCAGAUCUCAACAAGAAGAUUGCAACUGAAGAAAUUAGCAACACAAUUGAGAAUUUGAUUCAUCAAAUUUGCAAUAGCUUGAGUGAAGAACAGUUUUCGCAAGCAGAAGAUGCUAUUAAGAAGCUGAACAAUAUAUUUAACAAGACAGAUGAUAUGCCUUACUAUGCAGAAGAAUUUUGCUAUUCAUAUAAUUUGUUAUUUCAUUUGAAGGAUUAUAUUACACCUGAUAAUUCUGAUUUCUCAGCUAAUAUACUCACAUUAGUAUGUACAAUUUGUUAUUCCGCGAGUUCUUGCAUUGAGCAAAUAUUAGAAGGUAAUUUUCUUGAAGCUUUUCUUCAACCAAUGCUAGGUGAAGGCUUUUCUAGUGAAUGCGUUUCGCUCUCUAUUAGAAUUGCAGGUUGCAUUGCAGCAGAUUCCCAAGAAAGCGCUGAAGUAAUCAAACAGUACGAUUUUUUGGAGAAACUUUCCAAAUGGAUCGAUAUCGGAGAUCAAAAACUUUUAGAUGCGUCACUUUUCUACAUCGAACAAUUUUUGGUAAAUUCUCACGAUAAUAAUACUACAAUGAUGUUCAGUCCCAUCAUAGCAUCAUUACUAGGACGAUCAGACUACAUUUUUGCGAAUAAUUCUUCAGAUGAAAUGGAAACGAUUCAAUCAAGGCUUUUAAACAUUGUCAGAAGGUUCACAGCAUUUGAAGAAGCUGUACAGAUGCUUUGCCAAACAAAUUUGAUUGAUGUUACUAUAGAUUUUCUCUUUAAUUUCAAAACUUCAAACGAUCUUUCCAUUGAAGACCAAAUCGUUACACUAGGCAAUAUAGUUGACUAUUCGUGCUCAGAAUACAAGAAUUGCAUUGCAGAAAAAGUAUCUGCGGAUUAUAUUCUUGAAAUGGUAGAUAAAUCUGAUGCCUUAUGCGCUCAAAUGCUUAUUAUUGUACAGAAGCUCAUCGAAUCCGAUGAAAAUUUCGGAGUUCACCUGUUUACUCCAGAAUUUUUGGGAAAUUUGAAGGAAAAGAGUAAUUCUUCGAACUAUUAUACAAAGAAAUCAAUUCUUUCCUUCAUUUGCAACAGUAUUUUGAGGAUUUCUUUGACAUCAACCCUUGAAAUUUUCUUGGAUGAAGAAUUGAUCGACGAAAUUGCUGAGAAUUCUUCACCAGAAGCUGUUGCAGAGGGAUCAAACAACUUUUCUCAGAAAUAUUUUAUUGAUGCACUCAUUAAAUUGCAAAAUCUCCCUUGUGCAAGCCAAGAAAUAAGAGAUUUCAUCUCCAAUGUUUUAGAUGAAAUAUGA